AUGUCAUAAGAAGUCCAACUUUUCUUCAUAUGUACUACCACGGAAGAAGAUAGGCUCAAAGAUCCAUCCCUGAAAGAUUACAAGUACUUGCAAUACAUGGGAAGAAACAAGAAUGCAGCUAUUCUAUAUUCCUUGAUGCAUUAUGCUUUGAAUAGAAAAUAACCUAAAAUCUUACAAGAAUUUACGGAACUUAUGAACCUUUCAAGGAACAUAUCAAAAUAUUGGGAAAUUAGAAAUGUGAUUCAAAAAUCGAAAGAUCUAAUAAAUCCUGUUGAGAUGUUCUUUUAAAAUCUAUUUUAAGUAGACCAGAAGAGUGAAAUUGCUCAAAAAUUAUUAUAUGAAUUUUGUUGUGAAAAGGGAUUGCUCAAAGGAUAGGAUAUAUCCUUUCCUCAUCUGGCUUAAUUUUUUAAAAUGAGGAUUUCGAUUAACAACUAUGAAAAUUAUUGCGAAUAGUUUAAAGAUUCAAUCGAUCUCAUAUGUACAAAUAGUGAAAAAUAUUUUUAUUUGAUCCCUGAACCAAUAAUCUAUAAGAUACCCUCUAAUUACUGUAAUAAUUGCAAAAGUAUGACUGAAUAAAUUAAAGUCGUUUGUUAACACUAAUUUUGUUAUAAAUGUAUUGAAAAGUCUGUUCCAUUUAUUUGUUGUGGGAAAUAUUACUUCAAAAAUAAUUUAUAAAGUGAAAUCGAAAAACUGCUUAGAUUCAAAGAAUAUAAUGAAAGAAGUAAGGAAUUGUAAAAAUAUUAUGAAAGCACAAGGCAAUGUGUUCAAUAACAACUGCAAGACGAUAAAAAACAACAAAUAGUGUCCAUAACUGAUGAUCCCUUAUAGGAAUGUAAUUUGUGUUUCAGGAAGUUUUAAUAUUAAUUAUUUAUUUUACGUGAUUGCAAACAUCAAUAUUGUUACGAUUGUAUGUUUGAAAGGAAACACUAAAAGUAUUGUAUGGUUAAUAAAUGCUUCAAUAAAAUUGAUUAUUUGGAAUUUAAUAAUUAUUUAAUCUAAGCAAAAAGUGAUCAUAAUGAAUAGGUAGAUAAAAAGUAAAAUCAAAUAUAGUAAUUAUAAUCUCCAGUAUAAGAAUCAAGAAUAAUGGAGUAUUGUUCAAAAUGUAAUACACUCUAAUGCUAUAAAUUAUUUUAAAUCAAAAACUGCAAACAUAAAUUCUGCAAUUAAUGUUUAUAAAAUACAAAUAUGAGAUAUGUUACCCUGAACUGUUUGGUAAAUUUAUGCGUUGAGCAAUUUAAAUCACAAGAUUACUAAAAUUAUAUUAAGUAAUUAUAAGAGGAGUCAAAGUCAGAGGAAUUUGGCAGUCAAAGAAAAAAUAUCUAAAUAAAACUUUUAUAGUUUGAGUGUGAUGAAUGUUUUAUAUAUAGAGAUGAAGAUUAAAAGUAUAUUUUAAAUUGUGGUCAUUCUGUCUGCUAAAUAUGUAUCAUUAAAGAUGAUUUUUAUAAAAAAUGCUGCUAAUCAUCAUCUAGAGAUUCAGAAUAUGUUAGUUUUCGUAAAAAUAUUACUGUGAAUUGUAAAGGUUGUUAAAACAAUUUUCCUUUGAAAAACCUUCACAGAUUGGCAUGUAAACAUGAAUUUUGUUGUAGUUGUUGUUAGAAGAUAAUAUAAAGAAAACCUUAUAAAUGUUUGGAACAACUAUGUGAGAAAGAUAUAGCUUUUUCUACUUCCUUGAUUAAAUUCAUUUCUGAUCAAAUUGCAGGGUAGAAAAAAGAAAGUGAAUAAAUUGUCAAAUCAUAUAAAAUUUCAAAUUAGAAGGAAGAAGAACCUAAAAUUGAUAAGAAGCUAGAGAAUCAAAGCAAAAGCAAAAGCCAUCAUAUUGUUAUUCAUGAAGAAGAAAAACUGAUUGAAUAAAAUCCACCUUAAAGUUUUACCCUUUAAGAAUAUAACAAAACGGAAGAAGAAAAAUCACUUUCAGUUCAAAGUUCAGUAAAAAAUAUAUAGGAUGUUAAACAACCUAAAUAAGAUAAUCCAAAGUAAUAAGAAGAAUUUAUUUAAGUAUAGAAGGAUAUUUCUUUAUCAAAUGGACAGAAUCUAAUUUUAAAUUAAAAUUAAAAAAGAUAAAAUAAGUCUCCUUUUUUUGAAGUUGAUAAAGUUUCUUAGGUGGAUGAGGAGGAGAUACUUUUUAAUAAAUAAUUAGAUGAAAUUAAAUUAGCUGAAGAAAAGGAGUCUGAAUUUUAUACUGGAUUUUGUACAAAUUGUUAUCAACAAUUUUCUUCUUAUAACAGGAAGUAGGUGAUAAAUUGUAAAUCUCAUGAAAUAGGAGUUUGCUGCACUUUAACAAAAUUUAGAAAUUGUCCACAAUGCGAAUAAGCAACAACAAAAAGUAAAUUGAAAAUAAAAUAAAGCUUAAUUUUACCAACCAAUCCUGUAGAAUUUGAGUAGAUUCUUUCAACUACUCUACCAAAAACAGCCUUAUCGAAUUAUUGGCAUCAACCAUAUGAAUAAACAUAUUAAAGUCCGAGUGAGAAAUUUCAAAAUAUUGAUAGACUCAGAUAUACUGAAGGUUCAGCAGCAAAAAGAAAUAAUACUACGGAUACGAUAAAUAAAAGAGUCUUGGAAAGUCAAAAAAAUGAUUUAACUUUACAACGCUACCAACCUUAACCUUCAUCUUCCUAUUAUCCUGUGAGAUUAGAAAGAAAUAAUUAUGGAAAGCUAGAUCAUGAUUACAAAUUAGUAGUGCAUAGUAAUAACUUUACUUAGAUUCACAGAAAUCCUACCUAUUUUUAAAGAAGUUUGAUUUGA